AUGUAUGGUAAUCUUUGCAGUGAUGUCUUUAAAUAUAAAAAAAAUACUGCAAUACAAUACAACCUAGAAGAGGCCCGCUCCACAGAAAGGUUAGCUCAUCGACUACGUCUGGCUGUUCUCGAGGGAGGUUCUAUUUAUCCAAAACAGAAUGCUGCACUCAAAGAAACUAUACGGACAGCUAUAAAGAAAGGUAUGCAAGUUAAGAAGAUUUCAAAAAUAAUAGACGAUUUUUAUAAUCCACUCGAUCCAUUUUGUACACACAUUGUUCAAUUACGUAUUGGACUGAAAAUUUGUGCUAUCAUUACUGUUGAUUGCAGUUCGUUGCAGAAAUUUAAACGCAUUUUGCAGCCUCUCCUGAAACGGUUUCGAGGAGCUUUUUCUACUGUGUUGCCAUUCUUUAAUUGCACCAACAAUGUGGAAGCACUUAUGUCAGAAAAAACUGCUUUAAACUUUAAGGACUUGGCAAAUCGAUUGAUGCAAGAUGGCUUAACUUCUAAAGCGACCGCAGUAGAAAUGUUGGAUUACGAAACUGGUGCUGUAAACUUCAAAUGUGAUCCAGUGCAACUAAAAUCAACAUGUCAGACUCUGAAGAAAAGGGGUUAUCACAUUUUGCACAUGAACUGCAAUUUUAUAGCAAAAGCACCGAUUCGAUUGACUUGCCAGGAAAAUGGGCGUUAUUUUAAAUUUCUUACCAAGUUGUUGGAAAUACCGCACGUCAUAAAGAUUUAUGACAAUGUAGCUUUUAACUAA